AUGGUUUUAUGGCUCCACCUCCAGCAGUUCUGGGGGCGGGGCAAAAAUGCUGUCAUCAGGAGGCGCCGCGAUGGUGUCCGGCGGGGGACCGGCCAUGAUGUCAUCAGGAAGCCCCGCAAUGGUGUCUGGCGGCGGAUCAGCCACGGCACCAUCAGGAGGAGGCACGUACCCAUCAGCAGGAGGCACGGCCCCAUCAGCAGGAGGCACGGCGCCAUCAGGAGGAGGCACGGCGCCAUCAGUAGGAGGCACGGCGCCAUCAGUAGGAGGCACGGCGCCAUCAGCAGGAGGCACGGCCCCAUCAGCAGGAGGCACGGCCCCAUCAGCAGGAGGCAGGGUCCCAUCAGCAGGAGGCACGGUCCCAUCAGCAGGAGGCACGGCCCCAUCAGCAGGAGGCACGGCCCCAUCAGCAGGAGGCACGGCCCCAUCAGCAGGAGGCACGGCCCCAUCAGGAGGAGGCACGGCCCCAUCAGGAGGAGGCACGGCGCCAUCAGGAGGAGGCACGGCGCCAUCAGGAGGAGGCACGGCGCCAUCAGCAGGUGGCACGGCGCCAUCAGGAGGAGGCACGGCCCCAUCAGGAGGAGGCACGGCGCCAUCAGGAGGAGGCACGGCGCCAUCAGGAGGAGGCACGGCGCCAUCAGCAGGUGGCACGGCGCCAUCAGCAGGCGGCACGGCGCCAUCAGCAGGAGGCACGGCGCCAUCAGCAGGAGGCACGAUGCCAUCAGCAGGAGGCACGGCGCCAUCAGCAAGCGGCACGGCCCCAUCAACAGGAGGCACGGCGCCAUCAGCAGGAGGCACGGCGCCAUCAGCAGGAGGCACGUUGCCAUCAGCAGGAGGCACGGUCCCAUCAGCAGGAGGCACGGUGCCAUCAGCAGGAGGCACCGCCCCAUCAGCAGGUGGCACGGCCCCAUCAGCUGGAGGCACGGCGCCAUCAGCAGGAGGCACGGCGCCAUCAGCUGGAGGCACAGCCCCAUCAGUAGGAGGCACGGCGCCAUCAGCUGGAGGCACAGCCCCAUCAGUAGGAGGCACGGCGCCAUCAGCUGGAGGCACGGCCCCAUCAGUAGGAGGCACGGCGCCAUCAGCUGGAGGCACAGCCCCAUCAGUAGGAGGCACGGCGCCAUCAGCAGGAGGCACGGCGCCAUCAGCUGGAGGCACAGCCCCAUCAGCAGGAGGCACGGCGCCAUCAGCAGGAGGCACGACGCCAUCAGCAGGAGGCACGGCGCCAUCAGCAGGAGGCACGGCGCCAUCAGCAGGAGGCGUCGCAAUGGUGUCCGGUGGGGGACCAGCGCUGAUGUCAUCAGGAGGCGUCGCGAUAGUGUCCGGUGGGGGACCAGCUCUGAUGUCAUCAGGAGGCGUCACAAUGGUGUCCGGUGGGGACCAGCUCUGAUGUCAUCAGGAGGCGUCGCAAUGGUGUCCGGUGGGGACCAGCUCUGAUGUCAUCAGGAGGCGUCGCGAUAGUGUCCGGUGGGGGACCAGCUCUGAUGUCAUCAGGAGGCGUCGCGAUAGUGUCCGGUGGGGAUGCAGCUCUGAUGUCAUCAGGAGGCGUCGCAAUGGUGUCCGGUGGGGGAUCAGCUCUGAUGUCAUCAGGAGGUGCUGCGAUGUCAGGCGGGGGCCCAGCCAUGGUGGGAGGUACAGCCACGGUGUCAUCGGAAGGUGGCACUGUGUCCGGCGGAGGUUCCAUGAUGAUGUCAUCGGGCGGGGGCAUGACCGUGUCCGGUAGCAACUCGUCUUCCACCAGCGUGUUGACCAGCUCCACCAUGGAAGGUAAAGUCUCUACUGGUGAUAUUACCAUAGUUCCCAUAUAGUGAUUCCCUUCUCUGAUUCACGUCACAACACUCUGCAGGACCACGGAACCCCCUACCCCCACAACACACACACACACACACAGACACACACGACGUGUAGCCUCUCUCUACUACUAACACACAGCUCACCUGGCAGAACACACACAGUCCACAUUCU